UCUAUGUACACAAUAAGCUAAUCACAAACUUUAUAGAAUGCUAACGCAUGCUUAAAUAUUUUGAUAUUUAAACACAAACCUUACACUCAAAGCUGUUUGGUUCAAGAAACCUAAAAGGUUCUUGCUUAGUGUCUAAGAUGAAAUAGAUGUUUCUUCAAAACUAUACAAAAUGUCGACAAGUAUUUAUGAAAAAAUAAUUUCCAAAGAAGGAUCAAGACCUUACAAGUGUUGCGAAUAUGCCACAAAAGUGUCUGUGAAUUUAAACCAUUUUAGAAGAGAUGGCAGAUUUUGUGAUAUAGAUUUAAUAUCUGGAAAGACCAAAGUUAAGGCUCAUAGGGUUGUCCUGGCUGCUAGUUGUGAGUAUUUUGAUGCUAUGUUCAAUGUGGGCUUGGAGGAAAGUCAAAAAGGGCGCGUCGUCUUACCAAGUGUUCCACCAGGAAUAUUACCCAUGAUAAUUGAUUUUAUAUAUACAGGUGAAAUAAUGAUAGACAAAGGCACAGUUCAACAUUUAUUGAUAGCAGCAGAUAUGCUACAGCUUAGAGAACUAGUUGUAGGCUGUGGUGAAUUUUUAAAAAGGGAAUUACAUCCUUCUAAUGCACUUGGUAUUUUUAGGUUUGCAGAAGCACAUAAUUGCACAGAGUUAGCUGAGGAAGCGCUAGCACAUGCACAGGCAAAUUGGAAUGUGGUAGCCAAUGGUGAUGAACUACUAGAUCUUCCAUUACAACAACUAAUUACUUUAAUCUCAUCUGAACAACUCAAGGUUGAUAAUGAAGCACAGGUACUAUACCCUGCUCUAAAGUGGCUAGAACAUGACCCAGCAAACCGAAGACGGCACUGUUUUGAAGUUUUAAGUCAUGUGCGAUUGCCACUUAUUUCCCCUCAGAUUCUUGAUGAUGCUUUGAAAACUAUACAAGACCCUUCAAUAGCAUUAGCAAUAAAAACUGUCAGAGUUGACAUGAAAUCAGGUAAAGGUGCGCUAGUGUCUCUGGCAGCGGAGCCGCGGGCGCGCGCUCGCCGCUUGCUGAUACUGGCGGGCGGCUCCUGUCACGACACCGCGCCGCACCCGCCGCUCUCCACAGACAACAUACUGUCCUCCGUGCUCAAAUUUGACCUGCAUAAAAGAGAGUGGGAGGAGCUCGCGCCGAUGGGUAUAGCUCGUAUACAGCCGGGCGUGGCCACGCUCAGCGGGCGCGUGUACGCCGUAGGCGGCGAGCAGGGCAGCCAGAUACUAGCGAACGGCGAAGUGUACGAUCCACAGUUGGACAAAUGGUCGGACAUAGCUCCAAUGAACGAGGCUCGCUGUGAAUUCGGAUUGACGGGAUGGAACGGCAACCUGGUGGCAUUCGGAGGGUGGGUCGGAUCCGACAUGGGGGCCUCGAUAGAGGUGUACAACCCCGUGUCCGAUGUAUGGAUAGUCGCCGGGAGGAUGCCCGAGCCGCGGUUUGGAAUGGGUGUUGUUACUUAUGGAGGUCUGAUCUACAUAGUGGGUGGUUGUACUCACACGUGGCGUCACACUCGCGACCUUCUGUGCUACCGGCCUGGCGCGCACAAGUGGCAGGCGCUGGCGCCGAUGCGGCACGCGCGCUCGCAGGCCGCCGCCGUCGUGCUCGACCGCCAUCUAUACGUCAUCGGCGGGAACGCGCCGCGACGCACCGUGUUGGCGUCCGUCGAGCGGUACAGCUUCGAUGAGGACCGGUGGGAGGAGGUGGCGAGCUUAGGCGAGGCGCGCGCGGGGUGCGCGGCGGGCGCGGCGGAGGGCGUGCUGGUAGUGGCGGGGGGCGACAGCGAGAGCAGCGAGCGCGCCUUCUACCGCGCGCGCACCACCCUCGCGUCUGUCGAGGUGUACGAGCCCGCCGCCGGCGUGUGGCGCGCCGCCCCCCCGCUGCCCACUAGCCGCGCGGAGGCCGGCGCCGCGCUCCUCUGACACCGCCUAUAGACAAAUCCUACUUUUUUAAACGAGUUGCGACGAGCACCAAGAGCGCACGCGCCCCAUGGUAUUUAAUCGGAGCUUCCAGAUUCUCACCAACCAAAAGGUAACAGACGUAGUUACUUCCUGUCAAGAGAUCCAGACUUUUAAAUAACAUUGACAUAUAUUUUUUUCGUUGACAUUAAUAAUUAUUAAUAUUUUCCAAAGUAAGUCCAAGUAUGUUUUAUAUUACUAUAACUAAAGUAACUUUGGGAAGUCUACCAAUAUAUUUAUUUAAAGCAUUAUAUUAAAAUAAAUAUCUGAGUCUAAACUAUCCACAUAAUAUGCUUAUUUAAAUAUUAUGCUUUUGUGAUUUAUCUCAUCGAUCUCAUAAAGUACUAAAUAAUGAAAAUUCGUUGACCAUAAGUACUAAAAACAAGAGCUAAAUAAUUAUGAUACUUUAUGAUGGGUCUUUUGAAUGGUGGUGCUUCAUAGUGAAAUCAAUAUUGUUAAGUUUUAAUUUUAUAAAUAGACCUGCGUAUUGUUCAAAAUUAUAAUGUUUAAAACACAACACAACACUUUGUUAAGAAUUAAUUUUUAACAUUUGAACACCCGGAUACUACAAUUUAAAGUCUACGCAUUGUGCUUAUGAAUGAUGAGGUUAUUAAGAUAUUUAAAGAGACUUACGUUCAAAAUAUGAUAUGUGUAUUGUGUACAAAUAAUUAUUACAAAAUGUUGUUAUAGAGUAAACAUUUUACUAUAGAAACAUAUUUAAUAUUAUAAUUUCAAAUUUGUCGGCGGUGAAUACAUUAAGCGAAAACAUUUCGAAUUAUUCUAACUCCACUAUGGGUUUUUAGCGUCCAAAAUCUAUAAUGCUCGCGCGAGCUCCGAGGGAGGGGUGCACCUGAUUGGGGGCGGGGCUUUCAGAGUCGCGCGUUUUUGCUACAUUAUUAUCUGUAUUUAUACGUAAAGGGUGAUAAAUGUCCAGGGACAUAUUAUACACAAAUUAAUAUUUCGUAUGCGCACCGUACCCUCGUUCGUGGCAAAAAUUCCAUCCAGCUUCUCGACUUAAGACACGACAAUCUUUAAACAGAUUAUUGCGAUACAAAGAAUUAGUUUAUGCGUGUGCAUAUUCAUGUAUUUUGUGUUGCUGUAGUCGUAAUACUAUUGUGUCUCAAGUGAGUGAGAGCCCUCAAACUUCAAACUGAAAAAUACCGCGCACACUCCCCGCAAAAUCUUAACCCCUUGGCGCUCGCGCGCGAUGUUUAUUGUUAAUAGCAAACAGUAUUAAUGGCGGCUCUUCAGUAUGAUUCUAUAAUUUUACGUGUAAUAACGCUGUAAGUGAAAGGCAUGCAAAAUUUCAACAAAGCCUUUUAAAAUGUCUGCUUACUCUGAAACAAAUUAUACAACAUUUUCAAUACUCGACG